AUGGCACUUACCAUCUUUAUUCUCCGACUGGCCGUCUACAUCCUGGCAUUUCCUGUGUUCCUGAUGAACUUUCUGGGCUUGUGGAGCUGGAUAUGCAAAAGGUUGUUUGCCUACUUAAUGGUGACGUUUGCUAUGAUAUACAACAGACAGAUGGCAAGCAAGAAGAGGGAGCUCUUUGGCAACCUGCAAGAGUUUGUAGGCCCCUCUGGGAAGCUGUCCCUGCUGGAGGUGGGCUGUGGCACUGGGGCCAACUUCAAGUUCUACCCAUCUGGGUGCAGAGUGACUUGUGUUGACCCCAACCCCCACUUUGAGAAAUAUUUGAUCAAGAGCGUUGUUGAGAACCGACAUCUACAAUUUGAGCGUUUUGUGGUGGCUUCGGGGGAGAACAUGCACCAGGUGGCCGAUGGCUCUAUGGAUGUGGUGGUCUCCACAGUGGUCUUGUGCUCAGUGCAGAACCAGGACCAGGUUCUCCGAGAAGUGUGCAGAGUGCUCAAGCCGGGAGGGGCUUUUUAUUUCCUGGAGCAUGUGGCAGCUGAGCGAUCCACCUGGAAUUCCUUCUGGCAACAGGUCCUAGAUCCUCUCUGGUACCUUCUGUUUGAUGGGUGCAACCUGACCAGAGAAAGCUGGAAGACGCUGGAGCGGGCCAGCUUCUCUAAGCUGAAGCUCCAGCACAUUCAGGCCCCGCUGUCCUGGAAGUUAGUGCGCCCUCAUAUCUAUGGAUAUGCGGUGAAAUAGUGUCAGUAAGCAGGAGAGUGCCGAGUGGCUCAAGUAACAGGGGAUUCAGUUGUCCAUGGGCCAGACUAACUGGGAGAAGGGAAACCCUGAUUUUUAGAUAAAUUUGAAUUUCAUUCUGAAAAGCUUCUCUUAUGUUGUAUUAGUCAUUUUCUCUUAUCUCCUAAAGAAUUAAAAACUAAACAAAAUGACAGCUUUGGACUCCCCCUACAAAGGAACAGUGGGCUUUCAUAAUUGAAGCCCACCAUUAU